GUCUUUCAUCGAUGUUGACGUAAAAACCAGGAACUUGGAAUGAAAACAUUGAUGUGUUGGCAUUCUGGAGACAUUUGGAGCAAAGUACAGUAAAUCUGUGUGUGUAUUCGUCUUCUGGGUUCACGUGCAGCAGCCAGACACACCGAAAUGCAAAAGCACCUCCACUAAGCGACAUUAUCUCUCGACAAACAGGGACAGUGCUGAGGAAGGAAAAUGGGGAAGAAGGAUGCCAGUGCGACCAAUGCACCAGUCGAUCAGUAUCGAAAACAGAUCGGUAAACAGGACUACAAGAAGACAAAAUCAGUCUUAAAGGCCACACGACUGAAAGCUGAAGCAAAGAAGAGUUCCUCUGGAUUCAAGGAUGCAUUCCUGGUCAUUGCUGCAAUCCUCUUCUUCGUCCUCUGCAUCUACGCCUUCUUCUACCUCAACCUGAGCACAGAGAUUAAUCUGGAUGUGGACAUGGAUUAAUGAGAUGCUUGAUCAUUGUACUGACGCCUUAGUGGUCUCGUGGCUGAAGACGAGAGGGGGAUGAAGAAGGAAUUUAAGAAGUCCAAAAACUUUUGUCAAGGAGCCUCCCGCUGAACUGAAGUCCUGUUUUUGGGUUAGUCCACAGUCUGUCAGCGUUUUUAUAAAAUUUCUUUGUGACACUGUGGCGAUGACAUGCCUCUUCAGGAGAAUUUGACACAAUGAAUGGAACUUCUGUUGAUUCAGAAAUGCGUUUUUGUGUCAACUCUACUUUUGUCUUUUCCUUUGUUCUUUUAUGCAUGGGAACACAAAGUGAUGCUACAACUGAAGUGAAUAUACCCAGUUAGUAAAUUGUCAUACCUGGUUGUUAAAUUACAAUCAUGAUAGUUUUACAUCCAUAAAUGUGGAGUUCUAAUCAUUCUAAUCCCAAUAUUAGUAAACACCUUCAGUACAGUUUAAAUUGCUGUUUGAGGCAUUAGUCAAUAAAUGAACCAAUAACAUGUUUCUUCUUUUUCUUCAAAACAACGUUGAUAAAAAUGAUGGAUGCCAAAGAAAAUACAUUUUCAAGGCAUCAAAAAGAAACAGAUUUCAUGCAAAUGAUCAUAUGAAACACAAAAAAGCUGUGCUGCUAGCAGAAAAUAUAAUGUUAGCCGUAAAAUGUUAGCGAUCAGCAACUGACUGACUAGCAAAGAGGUGAGAAAACAUUCAGAAAACACUCAAAAUCAAUCACAAUUCAUUUUACGUGGCUAAAUAUGGGAUCACAGAGUCUUAACGGUUUAACGGGUUAACAAAGAUGAACUGGUUUGCCUUUGUUGUUGUGCCGUGGCUGCGGCUGUGACCGGCUUUUUAGGCCUACAAUGAUAAAAAAUCUGUCAUUUUGUUCAACCGACCAGUAACUCUUCAACCGACUAGACGGGUCGAUGACACUUAAUCGUUAAAUUGGUGAAACAUGCACAUUCCUAAUGCCUACAUCUGGGGGUCAAGCUGUGGUUUUCAAUCCCUGAAAAGAUCAGUAACUUCUUCUACAAAAUUCUGAAUAAGUUAGAGUCCUCCAGUGUAAAAAUUUCGUUGGACAAUCUUCAACAAUUCAGUAAAUAAACUGAGCCCUUUUCCUCUUAAAUCUUUUCCAAACUCCAUUCAAGGCAUUGCUCAGUAUAAUCGUAUUCUGCGGCGUCACGUCCUGCUGUUGUCUCCACUAAUAGAAAAAUGUAAAUCUCCCUCUGAACCUCUCGUCACAUCGAGGCAAACACUUGCCUCACAUUCCAGUGCACAAACCUCUCCUGGCGGAUAUCUGCAGAUCACAAAGUGUGAGAUUAGAAUCCACAAAGCCCUCGCCCUGAUUGAACAUGUGUGCAGAAUACAGAACAACACAUUCUACCUGCAGCACAUACAUACAGCACGGAGCCAGGAUUAGCAUUACAAAUAUGAUCCUGUUCUUUCAUUUAGAUGGAAAUUACAGAGACGAGUGAUGACUUAAUGGAGGUGAGCCUGAAUGUUUCACAUAAGGAACACCUUGAUAAUUUUUCCUUCUUGUCAAAUGUAUGGUUUGUUGUGAUGUGUCUCUAUAGAAAGAAAUACCAUGUUUUAUGAAAGCACCUCUAUUCCACAGCUUAACUCUUUGUGCAGUAAAGCCGCUGAAGCAGCAAGGACUGACCUUCCAUUAACCAUUUCAGUCCGAGUGCUUCCACUGUUUGAGAGAUCUUUUUGUCAGCAGCAGAGUGCAGAGUCAAGGGCUUUUAUCUAGUCCAUGUUCAUUUUUUAUGUUUGAAAUUACAUUUUUCUUUUCUGCUAGCAAAAGCAAUACUCUUUUUUUAAAAGUCAAUUGAUGCAUUGCUUUUGGCUGUGACUCUUUUAUAUUGCUGAAAUAAAAUACCAAUACCAAAUACA